ACCUGGCCCAAAAGCCAACUAUUGCCUUAAAAUAAAGAAGAAGAAUGAGGGGGAAUGAGGGGGACUGGUUACCUAAAGAUACGGAAGCACCCGGACGACGGAGGCUGCGCACAAGGGCGCCGGCAUCACAUCCGGGGAAUCCACCGCGUAAAGGGAGGUGUCAUGGCGUCGCGCGUCGAGUGUGAAGCUGGGGAAGCUGCUGCAGAAGAAGAGCUCUCCGUGUUGGCGUCCAUCUACUGUGCAGAAGGAGAGUUCCAGCUGCUGCGGCGCUCCGCUCAGGACGGGCUGCUGGUCCAAAUCAAGCGCACCGUGGGAGCGGCGGACAGAGGGCUGGCCGUGAGCCUGUUGUUCCUUUUGCCGCCCCGUUACCCCUCCUGCCCCCCCGACAUCUCUGUCUCGUCCCCCGGUCUGUCCCGGACCCAGUGUCACGACAUUAGGCGGAAGCUGCUGGAUCACGCCGCGGCUUUGCCGCCGGAGCCGAUGGUUCACCAGCUUGUGGAGCGGUUACAGCAGUGUGUGGAGGUGAGAGAGGAGAGCCGAGGGCGUGAGGAGGAGGUGACGGAGGGAGGCGGAGACGAGCGGUGGGCCGCGGCGCUGCUGCUGGACCACAUCCGAUCGAGGCGCCGCUACGUCGGGCUCCUGCAGCGGUGGAGCUUGCAGCUGCAGCUGCCCGGGGCUUUGUUGCUGGGGCCACGGAUACUGGUUGUUCUGCGUGGAGCGAGACCGGACGUCAAGGAGUUUUGUCGCCUGUUGAAGACCGUGAAAGUGGAUGUGGAUUCUUCGGGCAGGAAAUGCAAGGAGAGGAUGAUGAAGGUUCUCAUUGAAGCCCCCAUGUCUUCCUCCUGUGAACAUGGUCUCCAGACGUUCCUGGUGAAGGAGUACAAGUCGCUACCGGAGCUGAGUGCAGCCUUCCAGGAACUCCACAUGACGGAGCUGUACGAGCUGAUCCUGCCAUUGUUAGGUGACCUGACAGCAUACGGGUCACCACAGUGACACAACACUGGGAAAACAAGGUUUCCCUAAUUGAGGAUUUAAUUUCCUGUAAUGGCAUACAUCCCAACCCUCCAGAUUUCCCGGGAGACUCCAGAUUUUCACUACCCUUUCCCCAUUUUCACAACCUGUUCCACGGAAAAGCGCUACAUCCAUGUCUGUGCCAGGAGUUUCGUCAGUAGUGCAAUAUUGAGGAUGCAAGCUGCCGUUAAAUCCCAGAGAAAAAGAAGAAGAAGAAGGUGUGCCGAGUGAAGUUAGUUUUAAGUUGGAUAUUCAACGGAUAUUUACUCCGGUCCCAACCGCCUAUCCAACUUAAAACUAACUUCACAGCGGUGAGGGACAAAUGGAGAAUAAAAGAGAAAAAUAUACAUGCACAUUCAUUAAUUUAUUAGUUCACUGUGUUACUGUGUUUGGGAAAAGCACACCAGUAAAACUCAUUCGGGCUCAUUUCGUUUCCAACAUACUGAUCUUUAUAUCCCACCCACAGCAGGAUCCUGAAACUGAAGUCACUCGAUCGAAUUAACGCCUGUCGUUUCCAACAAUAAUGUGUCACAAUAUCUUCUAUGAAGAAAAUCUGAUAUGAAUAAGUUCAAGGUGCAAAAAGUGAGUUAAAGCACCAGUCUGUAAUUUUUGUACUUUUCUGGCGGCAUCUGGUGGUAAAGUUGCAAACCGCAACCAGCUGAGCACCCGACAGGGGACACUUUAUGGUGUUGCACCGCUAAUUCCUUUUCCGGUUUCCUGCAUCGCUGGAAAUUCAACGCAAUUGCGACGUAUUCUGGACCGUUUUGUGCAACAACCGUAUUUAAUGCUGCGUUCCAUCACACCUCGGAACUCGGACCCCGGAAGUCGGGCUGGUGAUUUUGACCUCAGUGAUGCUUCAGAGUCGCAGUGGAACCGGAUCGCAGCACAACACAACGUAGCAAACAUGGAGACUUAGGCGGGGGUCGGGUCCACCGACUAUAUUUAACUCAUUCAAAGUUCAUUCAAAUUUCUGUGAAUACGUCCUUCUAAAUAUUACACACUGUUGCUUAAAGUAUAGUUUCAUGAAAUGUUUCUUUUUGCUAUAAACUGUAAAUCUUUGAUUUAAAGUUUCAAAUGUUCCCAGAGUCUGAUCUUGAUGUUUAACAAACUCGGUCCUAACUGUAAAUUGCUGCUCUGUUCGGUUCCUCUAUUUUUAAAACAACCUUCAAGGUAAUAAACCAGAGCAUGCGGCACAGUGGUGAAUUUUCUUAUGGUCAUAUACUGCAGUGCUGUUAACUGUCUUUGUACACCGGUAAAAAAUUAGAUGAAAAAUAAAAAAAAAGGUGUUGUUCACCCACAAACCUUAAGGACAACUUAAAGAACAUUAUUUUAAAAGAUAUCCCCUCAGGUGGUGAAAUGAUGGCGGCUCAGGUGAGUUGAGAUCUGGCGACUGAGCCCCCUCACCUUCAUGGAAAUGACAAACUGUUUCUUUUUGUCUCAAGUAUUCUCCUUUUUCCUGUCGGCAUAUCACUGUAGUCCGAAUAGAUGGUAGGACAUUUAAUCUGUGUUGCACCGACACGUAAACAGAUUCAUACCGUGUGGCUGCAGAGGGCAGCAGUUGUUUUUCACCACACAGAUGUUAAUAUCAAACUUCAGCACCUGUUCUUUUUGUUUUUUGUGUUCUCGGGAAGUGGAAUCAUUUAUCUUUGCACAAAUAAAAAAAGAGAUAAUU